UUCCACACACAAGUUCCACCGAGCCUAUCACGCGAUUCCGAAAAACGACCUCCGUGCAUGUUUUGUCCAAUCACAUCGACGACAUUAUAAACGGUCCAGAAUACCACCCCAACUCUCGCAGUCACAUGAAUCGUCACCAAAUCCGAUUUUCCGCCCUUGAUAUGAUGAUUGUAUGUGUCUCGCGCCUGCUGUGUGGCACCUCUCGACUUUGAGGCCGGGAGACGGGCAAAGCUGGGUUGAGCAGGACACGCUCGCCCACUCUUUCCCGGACUGAGCUGGAUAAAAAGUCGAACGGCGAGGCCGCUUUCGUCACAAGUAGCUGAUAGGAAUAAAAAGGGUCUUGGAAAAAGUCACUCGUGGGUUGUCCUUUGUCUGAAUGAUGUAGGCGCGCCCAUCGUGUGCAAGAGCUGUGCUAUAUACAACGUCGCACAUUGAUCAGGUACUAUUACUUGACUGAUGGUAGUUUGUAUUUCUCCAUAAACAUCGAGUGUAUUGCCGAUACAAAGAUGUAAUAUAGAAUGGAAACAGCGUCGACUUGCUCGCAGUAUCGCAUGUACUGCGAUCUUAAGACCGAUGGCUCUUCUCUUCGCUACCAGUUUGCAUUGACCCAACAUCGCUCAAGGAUUAGUUAUAUACAUACUGAUUGCUCAAUGUAGGACAUAGACCCGCAAAUAAAUUUUCCGUGCCCUGAUUACCUAUACAAAAGUCUGCAUUAUUCUAUGCAAUCACCUCCUAUACGAUUGGUCCUGGGUGUGGAUAUAAUCGGAAGGUAUUGAGAGCCAAACCGUGAUUAACACCUGGCCACACGCCAAAAUCUACCAUCAAAGCCAAGAUUUCAGCAUCUUUAUCGCAGUUGAUCUUGAAAUCGAAGAACAAGAUCUGCAAGUUUAAAGAUUCAGGCGAUCGCGACAUCAGAUAGCCGACUAUGCUACCCGAGAUGUCGUAGCGGCCCCCACAGUUAGCCACCAGCUCAAUGGCCAGCUACACAACUGCCGUUUCCACCAUGCGAGGGCAGAUCAGAUCCAGGCCAAGAGGCAAAUCGACUGGAAAUGUACCCAAAUGCGGGCACGCGCUGACUUCAAGACGCAGAGGAAAUUUGUAUCUAAUGCCCAAUGGCAGUUAGUCUGCCCCAAUGUUUGCGUUCAUGUAAGCAGGUGUUCUUCCCCGCCCCGCUUCUAUAUGAGGAGGGGCAGCUUGUUCGACGUCAGCCCCAGGCGAAGCUUAUUAACACUGAAUAUAUAAGCAGGAAAGACGACGCGUCGCUCUAUUCACUCCCAUGUAAACGCGAUUGAACGGAAAACUCGAAACAAGACAAUAUGACCGACUACACUGUACCCCUCCUCAUCAACGGCGAAGAGAUCACAACCUCGACCACCUUCCCCGUCACCUCGCCGGCAUCGCACAAACAGAUAUGGGCGAGUUCCUCUGCCUCGACCGACGAUGUUCAGUCCGCUGUGGCGGCGGCAAAGGCUGCUUUGCCAGCGUGGUCAAAAACCAAGCCCGCUGCGCGCCGUGAGAUACUUAUAAAGGCGGGCGAGAUAGUCAAGAAGAGAACAGAAGAGCUGGCUGGAUACAUGGAGCAAGAAACAGGCGCUCAACCGGGUUUCAGCUCUGGCUUCAAUGUGCCAUUGGCCGCUGAAAUGUUCUUGGAUGUCGCUGGGCGCAUAGUCACAAUCACGGGCACGAUACCCCACUGCAGCGCGGAGGGAACUAGCGCUUUGGUUGUCAAGGAGCCGUAUGGGGUCAUACUGGGCAUUGCGCCAUGGAACGCCCCCUACAUCCUCGGAGUGAGGGCGGUACUAUAUGCUAUCGCAACUGGCAACACAUGUGUAUUGAAGGGCUCCGAGCUUUCCCCUCGCUGCUUUUGGGCCAUCGGCUCAGUCUUGAAGGAAGCUGGGCUUCCAGCGGGCGUUUUGAACGUGCUAUACCACAAGCCUGAAGAUGCCUCUGCUGUCACUACAGCCUUGAUUGAGAACCCUGCGAUAAAACAUGUCAACUUCACGGGCUCUACCGGCGUGGGCCGAAUCAUCGCGUCAUUGGCUGGAAAGAACUUGAAGCCUGUACUGAUGGAGCUUGGUGGCAAGGCGAGCGCUCUCGUGCUUGAUGAUGCCGACUUGAAAAAGGCCGCACUUCAAUGCGCGCUUGGCUCCUUCAUCCACUCUGGCCAAGUGUGCAUGGCCACCGAGCGCAUUCUCGUACACAAAGCUAUCAAAGAAGAAUUUGUCAAGGAGCUCAAAGGCGCCGUCGAGACAGUGUUUGGCGGUGACAAGCCCCCGAUGGUUCUCGUUCAAGCAGCUGGUGUAGCAAAGAACAAGCAUCUCAUUUCCGAAGCGAUCAAGGCAGGCGCAAACAUUGUGGUAGGUGAUCACGAGAAGGAGGAACAGCACCCAGAGACAAAAGAAGCGAGCAAAACACGGAUGCGACCCAUCAUUGUAGACAAGGUAACCAAGGACAUGGAGCUAUAUCACACGGAAAGCUUUGGGCCUAGCGUGAGCGUCAUGGAGAUUGGAUCAGACGAAGAGGCGAUAGAAAUUGCCAACGACACCGACUAUGGGCUCACAGGAGCAGUCUUUACAGAAAACCUAGCCAGAGGAUUCCGAGUGGCGAAACAGAUUGAAAGCGGGGCUAUUCACAUCAAUGCCAUGACGAUUCACGAUGAGACUAACUUGCCGCACGGUGGUGCUAAGCUGAGCGGAUGGGGACGAUUCAACGGCAAUUGGGGAUUGGAGGAAUUCUUGAGACUGAAGACCAUUACUUACCAAGAGUAGACGAUGAAUGUCUGAGUCACCUCAGAGUGGGCUUGCCGGGCUACGCCGUUUGACAGAUAUUCUUGUCAUGGUGUCUUUGAGGGUUAAUGAUACCUGUCGCAUACGCAACCAAGACCACGCGUUAUUUGUUUUAUGUACAUGCCCUAUCAUUGAAAUCUUAUGUGGAUCAGAGUAGCUUUCCAUUAGAGCACCUCUUGAAGAUCCCUUCAGUCUAUCUAUCUAGGUUGCAACCUAUUCAACAUCCUACCAAUGUUGAACUUGGACAACUGCUUGUCAUACACCACCUAAUUACUCUGGCAAGAUUGACGAGUGCCGGUAACAAACUGCCGCGACCACAUUCGUACAGUAGAAGUAUUCCCUGCUUAUCGCAUGCAUGUACACGACGGAAUUGCACGCACGACCAACAUCGUCGUAGGUAGAAAACCCAACACGAGGGGAGGUUUCGGACGAAGUCGAGUACGCAUUUCUGCGAAUACAGAUCCACGGUUCGGAAUUGCAGCUAAAAGCAAAAGCAGAGGCUUCGUAGUUGGUCCGCCUAGAUGAUCCCGACAGCCAAAGGCGCAGUCCAGGUGCUUGAUACGCCACUGAACGUUGUCGGUUCAAGCCACACACUAUAUCUACAACAAG